AUGUUGCCUGGCAUUGAUAUUCCCUUUCUCUGGCUUUCCAAAGCCAUCGGGGCAUCUGUCGAUGAGAUCAAGCUCCUGGCAAUCUUUCUCAUUUCGUACCCAUUGGCUGCUGUCUUGAAACGGCUUCCCGACGACAAACCACAAUGGAAGAACAUCUUCAGUGUCUCCAUCACCCUCUUCUAUCUCCUUGGCGUUUAUGAUCUUUGGGGUGGAACGGUUACUCUCCUCAUAGAUGCCAUUGGUACCUAUCUAAUAGCCUACUACCUCGACGGGUCGUUGAUGCCAUGGCUGGGCCAUAUGUCAAUCAGCCACAUCGAACGACAAAGGAUUGCCGACCCGAGUCUUGUCGACAUCACGGGAGGCCAAAUGGUCUUGAUCAUGAAGCUGCAUGGAUUCAGCUGGAACGUGCAUGACGGGAGACUGAAAGGCGAAUUGUUGACCGAUGCUCAGAAAGACCGCGCGGUGUACAAGAUGCCCAACUUGCUCGAUUUCGCAGGCUAUGUUUUCUUCUUUCCCUCCAUCUUCACCGGCCCAGCAUUUGAAUACGCGGACUACAAACGAUGGCUCGAUGGAAGCAUAUACGACACCACACCAGGCAGUAAGGGCGCCCCUCCGACGAAGGGCAAACGACGCAUCCCGCACUCAACAGUCCCCGCGGUCCGCAAAGCCAUCGGUGGCCUGCUCUGGAUCGGGGCCUUCCUGCAACUCUCCCAAUGGUACUACGUGCCCUUUUUCCUUUCGGAUGAAUACAUGACGUUCUCGUUCCCGUACCGCGUCUGGCUCCUGCAGAUGCUCGGCUUCGCCACACGUACCAAGUACUACGGGGUAUGGUCGCUGACGGAAGGGGCCUGCAUCAUGGCCGGGAUCAGCUACAACGGCGUCGACGAGAAGACGGGCCAGGCGAAGUGGGAUCACCUGGAGAACGUCAACCCAUGGGGCAUCGAGACGGCGCAGAAUUCGCGCGCCUACCUGGACAACUGGAACAAAAACACCAACAAGUGGCUGCGCAACUACAUCUACCUGCGCGUCACGCCCAAGGGCAAGAAGCCCGGCUUCCGCGCCACGCUGGCCACCUUCCUGACGUCGGCGCUGUGGCACGGCUUCUACCCGGGCUACUACCUGACCUUCGUGCUGGCAGCUUUCAUCCAGACGGUGGCCAAGAACUUCCGGCGGUACGUGCGGCCGUUUUUCCUGACGCCCGACGGCACCAAGUCGACGCGGUACAAAAUCUACUACGACGCGCUGGGCUACGUGGCGACGCAGCUGGCGUUCUGCUUCACCACGGCGCCGUUCGUGGUGCUGGGGUUCCACGACUCGCUCAAGAUCUGGGCGCGCGUGUACUUCUACACGGUGAUCGGGGUGGCGGCGUCUCUGGCCUUCUUCGCCUCGCCGGCCAAGCGGAGCCUGACCAAGCGCCUGGAUGCGCGCAAUCACCCGCACCUGCGCAAGACCAUCGCCGAGGAGACGCAGCACCCGCCGUCGCUGGGCCUUCCGAACGAUCCCGUGCGCGAGAUCGACGAGGCCAUCGACGAGAUCCGCGCCGACAUCGAGACCCGCCGCCGCCGCGGCUCCCGCGUCACCAUGCCCAGCGGCGAGGGCCUGAAGAACGCCAUCGAGCUCAAGCUGGGCCGUAAGCUGGAGAUGCCUGAGUGGAAGCUGCCCCAGGUCUUUGGCGGCGAGCAGCAGCAACAGCAACAGCAGCAACAGAACCUCGUGGCGGAUAAGGCCAAGGCUCGCGAGAUCGCCCGGGCCGCGGCCGCGGCAACGGAGGGAACUUCUUCUCCAGAAGUGGAGGAAGGGAAGAAAGUCCGAUGA